AUGAGAUCCCAGCUGCUGCUGAUGUUCAUGGUGGUGGUCGGUGCCGCCGGAAGGCCGCUGAGCAAGGCGGCGUCGAGCCGUAACAAGCUGCUGCUCAUCUCUUUCGACGGCUUCAGGUGGGACUACGACCAGGACGUGGACACGCCGCACUUCGACCAGAUGGCCGCUGACGGCGUCAAGGCCAAAUACAUCACCCCGCCGAUGCUGACCGGCACCUCGCCAUCACACUUCACCACCAUCACUGGCAGGUGGGUGGAGGACCACGAAGUGGUCCACAACAUCAUGUUCAACACCACCACCAACCUGAAGGUUUUCCACAAGGAGACUCUGACCCGGUCUGAGUGGUGGGACAAUGGACCGCUGCCGUUAUGGAUCACAGCUCAGAACCAGGGUCUGAAAACGGCGUCCUUCUUCUUCCCGGGAGGCGGAGUCAACUACAGCGGCCAGGCGGUGGACCGAGCUCUGGUGGAGGAGAACGGUCACCCGGACGACAACGAGACGGAGUGGCGACAGAACAUCGACACGGUGAUGAGUUGGUUCUCCGAGGAGGACUUCCAUCUGGUGACGCUGUACUACGGCGAGCCGGACAACGUGGGCCACGCCAAGGGCCCGGACCACUCCGACAGGAAGGAGAUCAUCCGGCAGAUCGACCGAACCAUCGGCUACCUGCGAGACGCCAUCGAUCGGCACGGUCUCAAAGACAGCCUCAACGUCAUCAUCACCUCCGACCACGGCAUGACCACCGUCAAGAAGCGGCCAGAAGUGGAGGAGAUCAUCAUCAACAAGUACCUGAACCUACUGCAGCUCACCAGCUUUGAGAUCCUGGACUACGGUGGGUUCGGCAUCCUGACGCCGCGGCCGGGGAAGGAGCAGCAGGUGUAUGACGCGCUGUCCAACGCUCCCAAUCUGACCGUCUACAAGAAACACGAGAUUCCAGAGAGCUUCCACCUCGCCAAGAGCAAGCGGCUGCCGCCCAUCCUGGUCGUGGCGGAUCUGGGAUUCAACCUGAACUCCAGGUUUAUCGUGUACGUUAACAAAGGCGACCACGGUUACCACAACGGGGAGAUGGACAUGAAGACCAUCUUCAGGGCCUUCGGUCCGAGCUUCAAGACCAACUUUGUGUCGGAGCCCUUCGACAGCAUCCACAUCUACCCUCUGAUGUGCAGCCUGCUGCAGAUCCAGCCCGAGCCUCACAACGGUUCCCUGAGCGUCACGCAGCCCAUGCUGCUGCACGGCGGUGCUUCACAGAGAGCUCAGCUGUCCGUCGUUCUGCUGGCGUCGAUGCUGCUCGUCGCGUUCACACAGCUCUAA